AUGGACAAUAGUGGCCACCACACGGCGACCAAAAUCCUAGCGACUCCUCCGGCCAGAGAAAGCCUGUCUGCGAGGAGCACCAUGAUCAGCACGCCCAAGCCCCUCGCCUUCUCCAUUGAGCGCAUCAUGGCGCGGACGCCCGAGCCCCGCUCCAUCCCCGUCCCGCAGCUCCUCCACGGCUCCGCGGCCAAAGGCGACCCCAAGCACCCGCUGCACCUCAACUCCUCCAUCCCCUGCAUGAUCCCCUUUGUCCCGGUGGCGUACGACCCCCUGCCCAAGGCGGCCGUGGCCGGAGCGGACCCCAGGAAGGCUCACUUAGACUCCUCUUCCUCGCCCUCCUUUAGCUGCGGCGAUCUCUUGAACUGUGCCCUGAGCUUGAAAGGAGAUUUCCCCCGCGACGCCCUGCCCUUGCAGCAGUACAAACUGCCCAAGGCGUACCUGGCGGAGCGGAACAAGCUGGUGCUGCCGGCCGCCGACAAGUUCCCGGCGGGGGCAGCCUUCAAGGACCUGUCGCAGGCUCAGCUGCAGCAUUACAUGAAGGAGAGCGCUCAGAUCCUCUCGGAGAAAAUCGCCUACAAGACCUCGGACUUUAGCCGCGGCUCCCCGAGCAGCAAGCCCAAAGUUUUCACCUGCGAAGUUUGUGGAAAGGUAUUUAACGCACAUUAUAACUUAACUCGCCACAUGCCGGUGCACACGGGAGCCAGACCCUUUGUUUGCAAAGUUUGCGGGAAGGGCUUCAGGCAGGCGAGCACGCUGUGCCGGCACAAGAUCAUCCACACCCAGGAAAAACCCCACAAGUGUAACCAGUGCGGCAAAGCCUUCAACCGCAGCUCGACCCUGAACACCCACACGCGGAUACACGCCGGCUACAAACCUUUUGUCUGUGAAUUUUGUGGCAAAGGAUUUCACCAGAAAGGCAAUUACAAAAACCACAAGCUGACCCACAGCGGCGAGAAGCAGUUCAAGUGCAAUAUCUGCAACAAGGCUUUCCACCAGGUGUACAACCUCACCUUCCACAUGCACACCCACAACGACAAGAAACCCUUCACGUGUCCCACCUGCGGCAAAGGCUUCUGCAGGAACUUUGACCUCAAGAAGCACGUCCGAAAGCUGCACGACAGCGCCCUGGGACUGCCCCGGCCCCCCGCCGAGCUGGGGGGCCCCGACCCGCCGCCCCCUCCCGGCUGCUCAGUGGACUCUGCCAAGCCGAGCCCUGAAAGCGGAGCCUGCCCGCCAGAGGCAGGAGGGGGUGGCUGGGUUUGCGCUCCCCUGGGGGUGGGGAGCGAGAGGGGCACGGAAAAUGGAUGCCCCCCAGGACGAGCGUCAGCAUGGAGGGUUUGGGGGCCCGAGGACAGCGGAGGGUGA